AUGUACAAAAAUGGACCACCACCUUCAUAUGAUGAACCCCCACCAUCUGCACCACCCAGUUACUUUCAGAGUGUAGGUGGUGUACCUCCAGCAAGUCCAUUUACACCAGCACCAACGUUGGACCAACCAUUAUGCUUCCUGGGAUGCUGUCUAAUUCCCUGUUGCAUUGACGAGUGCAUGGAUGUACAUCACACUUGUCCAAACUGCAAAGCUUAUCUUGGACGUCACGGCAGAUAA